AUGUCAAAUCACCACAUGUCUCCAGCAUGUGAUAGACGGCACUUUCCAUGGGGCAUGAAUAACAUGGGUUCCCCCACCAAUGAGCCUUGGGCAAUGCGACCACCAUUUCUUGAGGCUGAUCUGCGGCUGCAAUCGAUGUGCGGGGGAUCGAUGCAGCAGCCUGCUCGGCGCAACCUCCCUCGGCCCAGGCUGUUCCCGCCGCCGCCGCCUCCCGCCCCGCUCCCGUUGCCUUUGCACCCGCCCAUCGAUGCCGUCGGGCCUCCAGCUGCCAUUUUAAGCGGGGAGAGGCCGAGGCCGAAGGAGGGGCUGUCUGUUGGAAGGCAACCUUUGCUCACAAUGUAUAGACCAAAAGUAAGCCUGAAAGACAGGCAACAGCUUUACAAGCUCAUUAUUAGUCAGUUGCUGUAUGAUGGAUACAUCAACAUUGCUAACGGUUUGAUAAAUGAGGUAAAGCCACAGUCUGUCUGUGCACCAUCUGAACAGCUGUUACAUCUUAUUAAACUGGGAAUGGAGAAUGACGACAGUGCAGUUCAGUAUGCGAUUGGGCGCUCCGACACAGUCGCUCCAGGCACAGGCAUUGACUUGGAAUUCGAUGCAGAUGUACAAACUAUGUCCCCAGAGGCUUCUGAAUACGAGACAUGUUAUGUCACAUCUCACAAAGGACCGUGUCGUGUAGCUACAUACAGCAGAGACGGGCAGCUAAUAGCUACAGGAUCAGCUGACGCUUCAAUAAAAAUACUUGAUACAGAGAGAAUGUUGGCAAAGAGUGCGAUGCCUAUUGAGGUCAUGAUGAAUGAAACAGCACAGCAGAACAUGGAAAACCACCCUGUUAUUAGAACUCUUUAUGAUCAUGUGGACGAGGUGACAUGUUUAGCUUUUCAUCCAACAGAACAGAUCCUUGCUUCUGGAUCGCGGGAUUACACACUUAAAUUGUUCGAUUAUUCGAAACCAUCUGCUAAAAGAGCCUUCAAAUAUAUCCAGGAAGCGGAGAUGCUACGUUCUAUCUCUUUCCAUCCUUCUGGAGACUUCAUACUCGUUGGGACCCAGCAUCCAACCUUGCGACUAUAUGACGUCAAUACUUUCCAGUGUUUUGUAUCUUGCAACCCUCAAGAUCAGCACACUGAUGCCAUAUGCUCGGUUAACUACAACGCGAGUGCUAACAUGUAUGUGACGGGCAGUAAAGACGGAUGCAUCAAACUGUGGGAUGGUGUUUCAAAUCGCUGUAUCACUACUUUUGAGAAAGCGCACGACGGAGCUGAAGUUUGUUCUGCCAUCUUCUCCAAGAACUCCAAAUAUAUUCUGUCAAGCGGAAAAGACUCUGUAGCCAAACUAUGGGAAAUAUCGACAGGGAGAACCCUGGUCAAAUAUACAGGGGCCGGUCUAAGUGGGCGUCAGGUUCAUAGGACCCAGGCGGUCUUCAACCACACAGAAGACUACGUGCUUCUCCCCGACGAAAGGACCAUCAGCCUCUGCUGCUGGGACUCGAGAACAGCCGAACGGAGGAACCUCCUUUCCUUGGGGCAUAACAGCAUAGUCCGCUGCAUCGUCCACUCACCUACCAAUCCUGGUUUCAUGACCUGCAGCGAUGACUACCGAGCUCGGUUUUGGUACCGAAGGUCAACCACGGAUUAA